GGUAGUGAACCGUCUGUGGGACACAAACAACGGCUUUCACGCUGUAUCCUGAGUAUUUUCCUAACCUAGUUAACUCAUCUAAAUUAGAAACUGCACGGCGUCCGAAUAACCACCACGAAUCUCUGUUGCAGUUAUCCGGCACAAGGUCAGACAUGAAGCUUUGCUCACCUCUUCUGCUCUGUCUGGCAGUAGCCCUGUCUUCUGCCUUUGUGAUUUCAUCCCCAUCCAUGUGGACCAAGCUGAUCCUGACCCACCACUGGCCCACCACUAUCUGUGUUAUGGAUCACUGUCAUUCAAACAUUAGCUACUGGACAUUACAUGGAUUGUGGCCCGAUAAAGGGGCUAUGUGCAAUUCAUCAUGGCAUUUCAACUCUUCUGAAAUAGAGGACCUGCUUCCUGACAUGAAGAAAAGUUGGCCUGACUUGCUUCACCCCUUGUCGACAACCUUCUGGAAGUACGAGUGGCACAAACACGGUACGUGUGCAGCCAAAGCAGAGUCUCUGAAUAGUCAACAUAAAUACUUCGGCAAGGCUCUGGAACUAUACCACAAACUGGAUUUGGAUGGCGUCCUGAAGAAGUUUGACAUCACCCCUUCAGAAAAAUACUACACAUUUUCACAAAUUGAAGGAGUCAUAGAGAACUUCUACGGCGUCAAACCUAAGAUCCAGUGUCACUCGUCAAAGCAUGCUGAUUCCCAGCUUUUGGGGCAGAUUGAGAUCUGUUUCGACCCUGACUUCACCCUCCUGGACUGUGAUAAACAGGGACAGUGGGAUGAUCACAUGGCUGUUGACAAGCCAUCUGGGUUGAAUGUGUGUGACCACAACAUACCAGUUCACUACCCACCUCUUCCAUGAAACAUGCGUGUGCAAACUGAAGAGCAGCAGCUCACUACAACCCCACUUUUACACACAUUUACACAAAAACAUAGGAGCAAAUGCAAUAUUCGUUUGCCAGUCGACUGUACUGUAAUUUAGGAUGCACACACACACAUACUACCUAUGAUUUUAUUUUUCUCAGGCUUCACAAUGAACAUUAUAGUUUUAAUGAUAAUGUAUGUCAAAAAUAGCUUUACACAAUCAGUGUAGACUGAAAACAUUUUUUUGAUUUCAUGAAAAUGCUGGCUGGGUCAAGUACUUCCUGAAAAAAUCACCUUUAAGUGCAUUGUUCUUUUUAUAGCCUACAAAUACCAGGUCACACAGACACACAAUCCACUACGACGUAGUGCUUUAAUGGAAUUAUACGUCCCUUCCUGACCCUUACUUGUAGAUGAGUCCAGCAGUGCACAGCAUGUUUUUCCAGGACACAACAGGAGGCAUUGUGGUAAGUUUAGGUCAAGGCAGGCAAGCAGACAGUCCAAGUACCUUAUCUCUGAUGGCAGUGGCAAACGAGUGGAGCCUUGGUAUGUGCAUUUGUAUCAUAUCUGUAGGUGACUUGUACUUCAUGUGAGUGUGUAGAUGUCAUACUGUAGUGCAUAUGUAGUGACUCUGCUGGCUGUAUUUUAUAUCACUUUUGUGCGCUUAUGUGCCACCUAUUAAUUGCCAUCUUUUUCCUCUGGGGUUGAUUGGAUUUUAGUUAUUACAUAAGUGCAUUUUCAGCUCUAUGAUAAUUAAGUUCAUCCAAUACAUCAAAAUAGCUAGUGUUGUGGAAUGUUAAAACACUAUACAGUUCAUAUUGGGUAACACACAUAUUUUUUAGGGCUUUUAGGGAAAGGGCUAUUAUUUUUAAACCCACACUGCUGCUUGGCAACAAUGUCUAGAUCUUUCAGGCAUUGUAAACUAGAGGUAGUUAUCAUGAGCUGCUCUUUGAUGUCUGUUAAGUACGUAACCUAUUAUUCAGUGUUGUGGUGUCUGUCUGGUUAGGUCAGUGUUGCUAAAAGAGCAUUAUCACAUUUUUGUGAUCUUAAAACCAGGGUAUAUAAUAUAUGGGGUAGAGAAUAAGUGCCUCUGUUUCUUCAUGACCCACUCCAAAUAUAAUACAUUACACAAGAUGUCACACACAAUGAACACAAGUUCAUCAUGCACCGCUUUUGCCACACACAUUCUAGGCCUGUAAAGGCCUAGAGUGUGUGUGUUUUUUUCUCAAAGAUGUAGAAAAUAUUUUGGUGAACACUAUUUAAUCCUUCACUUAUUUGUGCAAUUACUUGUUUCUGCUAUUGCUGUAUGGCUUUGACGGUUUUUGUGAUUAAUUCAUUCAAUUUUAGUUGAAAGUUAAAUUACGUUUGUAAUUAUAGCUGCAGUGGACAAAUGCUUUGGUAUGAAAUAACUGAGAUGAACACUUGUACUUUUCCAAUGUCAAUAAAAAAACAUUCAAUAUCUA